AAAACCCGGAUGUUGAAGUCACAGGAUAAUAAUCUUUGCAUAGUUUUUGUUGUAUAAUUGUCAGCAAUUCAAAAUGAUGAGUAGAAGGUCCAGCAAGAAAGGCUUCCAUGUUGAUGAGUCUGACCUUAUGUGCAAGAAUGGAUGCGGUUUCUAUGGCAACCCAGGAUGGCAAGGCUACUGCUCCAAAUGUUGGAGAGACUACCAGAAGGCAAAACAAGUACAGCCAAAAACAGAACAAAUUGCUAGUAACAGAAGCAAAAGAUUGAGUCAGAUGGGAAGUGGAGAAACAGCACCUUCCUUCAGUAAAUUUGAAGAGCGUAAAAAACAACAAUCAGAGAAAAGAAAGAACACAGUCAAAUCAAUCUUCAACAGAUCUUCCAAAGAAUCCAGUCCCAGCAACACACCUCCAAAGAAAGAUCCAGUUGCUAAGAGAGUCAGCGUCGAGAGUCAGCAAGUGGGAGGAGAAUUUGCAGAGUUCCUGAAAAAAUUACGUAAAACGACAGCGUUAGACAUUUCCAAACAAGUGCGUGCAUUCAUAGAGAAGAUCCAGGUGUUUGCAGAUAGCCCAGUAGAAGAACUCUCUGAAAUGGUGCAGGAUUUCUACCAGAUUAUUACUGAUAGAAUCAAUACUUUGCCAGUCUAUAAAGGUAUGGACCAGAACACUAUAGAUACAUUGAUGGACUUUAUAGAGAAGUAUAUAUUGACCAGGAUCUAUAGGAUUGUGUUCUGUCCUGUGACAACCACAGAUGAGGAGGAUGAUCUUGCCAUACAAAAUAGGAUCCGCAGCUUACAUUGGAUAACAAGAGAGCAGAUAGAUUGUAAGAUUUACGAGAAUGAUGCAGAAUCUAGUCAACUACUGGAGACAGCUAUAACAGAUAUUAUACAAAUGGAUUCGAAGAGAGCCCCUCAAGAUAAACUUGCCUCUAUAGUUCAGUGCUGCAAUCAUAUCUUUGAACUACUACGUAAAUCUACAGAUGGUCCAGCCAGCGCAGAUGACUUCCUCCCAGCUCUCAUCUACGUUGUACUGAAGGCCAAUCCACCACUCUUGCAGUCCAAUAUACAAUAUAUAACAAGAUUUGCUAAUCCAACACGUCUGAUGUCUGGUGAAGCCGGCUAUUUCUUUACCAAUCUAUGUUGCGUUGUUUCCUUUAUACAAAACAUCAGCGCAGAAUCCCUUGAUUUGACGCAGAAAGACUUUGAUAAAUAUAUGUCGGGGGAAGCAGUCCCCCAUACAUCCCAUAAUGCUUACAUGUGUGACGGACUCAGACUUAUGUACCAAAAUCUCUCGACAUUAACAGAACUUCGUCAACGUCACGAAAAAUUAAUGGCCGAAGCGCUACAACUUCAACAAGAUAUGGUGGAGUUCAAAGACAGUUUCAAAAACGAGAUAGACACUGUUUUGGAACGUAAUCCGUGGACAUUACGUCCCAGAAAAAGCAAAGCUGAUAUUGAUGCAGAGAACUCUGAUACAGAACUAUUACCAUCACCGUUAAAACCAGAAGUUUUGCACCCUGUAGGGCAGUAGACUGAAGGUGGCUGAAUGUAGGUGGUGGAGUAUUGUUGACUGUUAAUGUAGAGAAUUUAUCUAUGUGUAAAGCUAAAGGGUCAUUCUGAUCAUGCUGAUUCAAAGAGUUUUCCACAUAUUUGUGUAUAAAAGCUCCCAUGGUGCAUUAGUAGAAGUGGGAAAUGUGAAUGAUUACUCUAAAAAAAAAAUUAGCGCUGAACAAAUCUAUAGUGAUAGAAAUGGUCUCUUUUUGAUUAUCCUCACCUUGGUAUAAAAUAUGUGUCUGUUAGCUAAAAACAGGGCAGCAUUUAGGGUGCAAAAAAUAUAAAUAUAUAAGUCUCAAAUUAUCAAGAUCUCAUCAUUUGAGAAUAAGGAAUUUAUGAUGAUCGUAACUCAGAAUUUCCAGCAGUACAACCCCAUGAUUUCCCUUCAAUACAAAUAUUUUUGUUAUUCUACCCCAUUUUUGCCCAUAAGGUUAUCUAAGACUGGGUUUCAAGAAUUGUUUCUGAAACGUUUUUUGGGACUCAAAUUAUGAAAUAUACAUGUACUUUAAGACUCUUGAUUUUGCAUGAUUAAAGGCAUAGCCACAAAGACUCUCUUUUCAUAGUUUAUGGAAUGUUCUUUAUUAUUUUAACCUGAGGAUCGAUUAUCAUAAAUUACCAGAACCAUGUCUUUCAGUUUAUUGAGCAAAAAUGUCCUGCACCCUCCCUCUUUUCUCAAAGUUGAGGUUUGAGAAAAGGUUGACAUGCGGAUUUAAC